GCCGCCAUCUCCGGGUACCGCCGCUCCGAGAGCGGCCGGGCCGGGCAGCCGGGCCCGCCGUGGGGCCAUGAGGAGCCGCAGCAACUCGGGGGUGCGCCUGGACGGCUACGCCCGCCUGGUCCAGCGGACCAUCCUCUGCCACCAGAACCCGGUGACGGGGCUGCUUUCAGCCGGGGCUGACCAUAAGGAUGCCUGGGUGCGGGACAACAUCUACAGCAUCCUGGCCGUGUGGGGGCUGGGCAUGGCCUAUCGCAAGAACGCGGACCGGGACGAGGACAAAGCCAAAGCCUACGAGCUCGAGCAGAAUGUUGUGAAGCUGAUGCGGGGACUCUUGCAGUGCAUGAUGAGACAGGUAGAUAAGGUAGAGAAGUUCAAGCGCACUCAGAGUACCAAAGACUGCCUCCAUGCCAAGUACAACUCUGCAACUUGUGCCACGGUGGUUGGGGACGACCAGUGGGGGCAUCUACAAGUGGAUGCAACUUCCCUCUACCUGCUCUUCUUGGCACAGAUGACUGCAUCAGGGCUACGUAUUAUCUUCACCCUUGAUGAGGUUACCUUUAUCCAGAAUCUUGUUUUUUACAUAGAAGCUGCCUACAAAGUUGCUGAUUAUGGAAUUUGGGAACGUGGUGAUAAGACAAACCAAGGAAUCCCUGAACUAAACGCGAGCUCCGUGGGAAUGGCCAAAGCUGCUUUGGAGGCAAUUGAUGAACUAGAUCUUUUUGGAGCUCAUGGAGGACACAAAUCAGUGAUUCAUGUUCUUCCUGAUGAAGUGGAACACUGUCAGUCUAUUCUGUACUCCAUGUUGCCAAGGGCAUCCACAUCCAAGGAGAUAGAUGCUGGCCUUCUGUCUAUUAUUUCUUAUCCAGCUUUUGCAGUGGAGGAUGUAAACCUUGUUAAUGUAACCAAGAGUGAAAUCAUAUCCAAAUUGCAGGGCCGCUAUGGCUGCUGUCGCUUUCUCCGAGAUGGUUACAAGACACCCAGAGAGGAUCCAAGCAGGCUGCACUACGAUCCUGCUGAGCUCAAGCUCUUUGAGAAUAUUGAAUGUGAAUGGCCAGUAUUCUGGACAUACUUCCUAAUUGAUGGAAUAUUUAAUGAGGACAAAAUCCAGGUACAAGAGUACAGAGAGGCUCUGGAAGGAAUACUUAUUAGAGAGAAGAAUGGAUUAGUGCUAAUGCCUGAACUGUAUGCAGUCCCUCCAGAAAAGGUGGACGAGGAGUAUGAAAAUCCUCACUCGGUGGAUCGUGUCCCAGUGGGAAAGUUGCCCCAUCUUUGGGGCCAAUCAUUGUAUGUCCUGAGCUGCCUGUUAGCAGAGGGAUUUCUUGCUGCAGGUGAAAUUGAUCCCUUAAACAGGAGAUUUUCCACAGGAUUUAAACCUGAUGUUGUGGUACAAGUAACUGUUUUGGCAGAAUCUAAUCAAAUUAAGACUCUGUUGCAAGAGCGUGGAAUCAAUGUUCAGAGCAUUGCUGACAUCCAUCCGCUCAGGGUGCAGCCAGCUCGCAUCCUCAGCAACCUCUACACCCUGCUGGGCCGGAACAAGAACAUGAAGUUAAGCGGCCGACCACACCGGCACAUUGGAGUGUUGGGCACCUCCAAGCUCUACGUGAUAAGAAAUCAAAUAUUUGCUUUUACCCCUCAGUUUACUGACCAGCAUCACUUCUAUCUGGCUCUAGACAAUCAGAUGAUUGUGGAGAUGCUCAAGACAGAGCUGGCUUACCUCACUUCUUGCUGGAGGAUGACAGGGAGACCAACCUUGACAUUUCCCAUCACCCACACAAUGCUUGUUGAUGAUGGUACUGACAUUCAUCCAGCAGUUCUUGCCACAAUAAGAAAAUUAGAAGAUGGUUAUUUUGGAGGUGCAAGGGUGAAGAUAGGCAAGCUAUCAGAAUUUCUUACCACCUCUUUCCAUACAAAUCUGAGCUUCCUGGAUCCAGAUUGUGACCUAAAAUUGUUUGAUGACCGUAAUGACAACUGUAAUAGUCCUGACAGUGAAUAUGGAGACUACCCAGCAGAUUUCUGUGAAAAAGAUAGCCAGGAUGAGCUGGAUCAGUAUAUAAAUGAUGUCCUGCAGAGCACAGCCCUGAAGUCAUACCUGCCUCCAACUUCAAAGACAACAACUGAACCUCCUGUGUUCAGUGCAAACCAUUCCACAGAGGAGAUACUGUCAAUAAUGGCCAAGACAAAGGGCUUGGAAGUUCCAGCUGUGUCUAUGUCUCUUCCCACUAAAGUUCUGAACACACACCGAAAGUCUCUGAAUCUUGUUGAUAAUCCUCAUUUCUUUGGGACAAAGGACCAUGAAAAUGUUUUGCACUUACCUAAAGAUGCUCAUGGUGAUUUGGAUUGCAGGAAGCUUGUUGAUCAGCUGAAGGAAUGUCCAACACUCCAUGAUCAAGCAGAUAUUUUGUACAUCUUGCAUAUACUCAAAGGUGCUGACUGGGACACACAGCUGGAUGGACAGUAUGGGGUCACUGUCCACUGCCUCCUCAAUGAGCUCUACAGGAAGGCAGGCCUCAAUCAGGAGUGGGGCUUAAUCCGUUACAUUUCUGGCAUACUCAAAAAGAGAGUUGAAGUCCUGGCUGAGGCAUGCACAGACCUUCUGUCACACCACAAGCAACUUACAGUGGGCCUGCCCCCAGAACCCCGUGAGAAAAUCAUUACCACCCCUCUGCCCCCUGAGGAGCUCACAGAUCUCAUUUACGAAGCCAGUGGCCAAGACAUCAGCAUUGCAGUCCUGACACAGGAGAUAAUCAUGUACCUGGCCAUGUACGUCCGCUCCCAGCCCAGCCUUUUUGUGGAGAUGCUCCGGCUCCGCAUUGGUCUGAUAAUCCAGGUGAUGGCCACCGAGCUGGCACGGAGUCUCAAAUGCUCAGGUGAAGAAGCUUCAGAGAGCUUGAUGAAUCUAAGCCCCUUUGAUAUGAAAAGUCUCCUACAUCAUAUUCUCAGUGGGAAAGAGUUUGGAGUGGAAAGAAGCUUGCGACCUGUAGAUUCUUCUUCAUCCAGCCCUGCAAUUUCUAUUCAUGAGAUGGGGCAUUCUGGAGCAACCAAAACAGAAAGAAGUGGUAUUACUAAAUUGAAGAGUGAGAUGAAGCAGGUGAGGGUUUUCUGUCAAUGCUCAUCAGAAACUCAGUUUUUCCCUCAGCCCCAACAACUAACCCAAGCUUUAAUGUCCUUACAGAGGGGCAGUACUCCAUCCUCUCCCACCAGCUCUUCUCCGACUGGCUCCGGCGGGGACAUGAGCUGGGGGGACAGAAAAGGGCAGUGGCUGCGCAGAAGGAGGCUGGAUGGUGCUAUUAACAGAGUCCCUGUUGGCUUUUAUGAGAAAGUGUGGAAGAUCCUUCAGAAGUGCCAUGGUCUGUCCAUUGAUGGGUAUGUUCUUCCUUCUUCAACCACCAGAGAGAUGACCCCGUGUGAAAUCAAGUUUGCAGUGCACGUGGAGUCGGUGCUGAACCACGUCCCCCAGCCCGAGUACAGGCAGCUGCUGGUGGAGGCCAUCCUGGUGCUGACCUUCCUGUCGGACAUCGAGGUCAGCAGCAUCGGGGGCAUCAUCCACGUGGACAGAAUCGUGCACAUGGCCAAUGACCUCUUUCUGCAGGAGCUGAAAUCAUUUGGAGCUACUGGUAGUAUCUUGGAGAAAGACACAGCCACAGGAAUUUGCCACUUUUUUUAUGAUAGUGCUCCCAGUGGAGCCUAUGGCACCAUGACUUACCUAACAAAAGCCAUAAUUAUUUAUUUACACGAUUUCCUGCCCAGCACAGGCUGUGCAAUGCAGUAAGUGAAGCCUCACAUGGGAGGAAAGGCUCAGAGGCUCUUCCUCCUCAGUUCCCUGCCACAAAGCCCUUGGUUGCUGCCUGUGUGUGUGCCAUGCACUCGCUCAGCAGUUGGCACUGCUGGGGAUGCUCUGUGACACCUACUGCUGGGGACAGGGAGCUGGAAUUUGGCCUGGUUUUAGGAGAAUGUGUGAGAAAUAACAAAUAGUGAGGCUUAUUCUGCCCAAAGUGCAUAAAUGUAAUUCGUAUUAAAUUAGCAAGAAUUAUACAGUUCUGCCAAGAGGAAAACAGAUUACUCUGUGGAGAUCAAAAGGCAUAAUGAAACAAGGGAGCUGCAUCUCAGGCAUAGAGUCUCACAAAUAAGGGAAGUGAUGGAAUUCAUUAAUUUUUCUCCUGCUGUGUGUAAAUGUACAUCAUUGUGAAUCACUAAUGCACAGUGUGAAACAUCCAGGGAAAUGUAAAUUAGAGGAGUAAGAGUAACUUGAAAUAACGUGGUGAUAUUUCUAGUACACUUUUAUCCUGAUUCUCUUCUCAUUUGCACCUAGUCAGUGCAGGGCUAAUGCCAGCAGGGACAAACAUCCUACAAUAUCCACUAAUUUGGGAGGAUAGCCUCUGUCAGGAAGCUGCAUCUGUCUUUAAUCUGAAUAGCUUCCUUCCCUGCAUCCCCACGACUUCAGUGGCAAAAUCUCAAGACUCCAGCUUCUCCAGUGUGACAGACAGUUUUAUGCCUGUAAUCCUUUCCUCUGAAUGGAGCAAGAUAAACCUCAUCCACUUGAGCACCCCUUCCAAGUCUCCUGAUCAUUUCCCUCACAAACAGCCUCAGAGUUAAGAAUGGCAUAAUUGUGGCCUUUCCAGUGUAGCAUGAGUUUAUGGAAGGCUUUGAUGUUUCUCUUUGUUUUGGUUUGGUUUUUUCUUUUUUUUUUUUCUUUUUAUUUCCUUUGCCAUUUUUUCUUUCUUCUUUUUAGUUUGAAGUCACUGGUCUCAUGUAAUUAGGGCUUGGGCUGCCUGAAGUCUCCCUGCAGACAGUUCCCAGGUUAAUGCUGUCAGCUGGAAGCUCUGAGGUGCUGCAGGGAGUAGGUGCAUCCUGCAUGGAAAUGACUCCUUGGCCAUUUAUAAACUGAAAAGAGAGUUUGGCAGCCUCUGGAGAGGGAAACCCUGCCUUACCCCAGGCACUGGCUGUGGUUUUCCUUGUGCCUGUGCUGCUGGCUUUGCCACCAGCCACAUGAGCAUCUGGCUAACAGCUUAGGAAAGUGGCAGUAGCUUCAGCAUCCCAUGGCCACAGACAGGCUCCCUCAGUAGCACUGCUGCCAUGUGAGCAGAAAGGAUCAGAGCAAUUCUGUCUUGCCAGCGAGAGGUGAAAGAGCAGAUAGGCCUGUAAAGAUAAGAACUUUCUGAGCUAUGUAAGCCUGACAGCCUGCCUGCUGUCCUCUCCACAGUCACUGCUGCUACAGCAGUUCCUGGGAACUGGCUCAAGAGAGUGGAGGUGUAGGAGGCCUUGGUGUGAUGUGAUUUAAUGUUUUUUCAGAGACCAGAGGAGUUUGGUAGUCCAGAGGACCAGGAGUCCUGUGUUGGCCACCAUGGGAACCAUGGGCCUGUGCAGGGGCCAGUGUAAAGUGACGGUUCAGGUACAAUUAGCACUUGGGUGUGGAAGUUAUUUUAUUGGUGUGGUGCCUGUUUUGUAAGGGUUUGCCUUUGUUAUUAUUUGGUGUGGGUUUUUUAACUUUUUAUAUGUUUUGUGAGAGUUCACUUGGCUUGUUUCCCAGUGAAAGGAAGUAAAAUCCUUUGUCUAGUUUAAGCAGAUGUGACAGUGCAGAAUACAAGCACAACAAGAGCAAGGUGAUAUUUUUUAUUCUUCCCAGUAUCAUACAAAAAGUAGUAGCAGUUAUUUUUGCUUUUCUUCUUGAAUCCUAGAUUGAGAGAGAUGCAAGAUGAUUUUUUGCUCAGAUUUCUAGUUGUUUUUUUUAACCUACUGUGUUGUUUUCAGAAACAAGAAGGCUGAUGUUGGUUUUUCAUGCAGCUGCAUUGAAGGUCUAAAGCAUGAAAUGUAUGGCCUAACAUACCUGGACACCCCUAACACCUCUUUGUUUUUAAAUGGGAGUGUCAUUAGUGUCUUUACCAUCAAAUUCACAUUAUGACCUAGGUUAUGGUAUAUUCAUGAUGAUCACAAUGAAUUACCACAUGGAAUGCAGGCAAUUGGAAAGUAUUUAUGUGGUAAUUUGAAGAGUUUAGGUAUCUAUCUGGUGGUGCAGGGGGGUACUCAAACACAAGAGCAGUGGAAGGCAGCUUUAUGUUCCUUGCAGGGUGAGGCACAGCUGCACAGGAGCUGGCAGAAUGAGGACCUGUGUCCAGCUCAGAGCUCACAGCACAUGCUGGCCCCAGCCCUGCUCCCCAGGCCUGUCCCCCCUGCUCACACUGUUGCCUUCCCCCUGCUGCCAGCAGGGACACGGGCUUGUCAAACUAAACAGAUCAAAAGUGCCAUUGAUCUCCCUCAGCUGCUGGUCCCACAGGUUACUGUGAAAGCUGAAUGGGUGGAGUGCAAAGUUUGUCUGGCUUCUCUCCUGUAAUUGUAGUCUCCUUGCUCAGGGAAAGAGUCCUGCUGGUUCCUGGAAGGUGCAGGUGAGCACACAGUCCUUGGCUGUGUGUGUGGGCAGCCACUUCCUGUGGGGUAGUAAAACCUGGCCUGCCCCAUGUGGGCGUGGGACACUGCAGGAAUGUGUCACCCCUCUGGCAGCAGCCAGGGCCUCGAGUGAAGCGAGAGCUUCACUGAGUCAGUCCAAAUCCAACCUUGGGCACUUUCUGGAGUGGUUGGCAGGUCAGAGCAGAGUUGCCCAGAAAGCAGGAGAGAGAUGCUGCCAGUGGUGGCAGCUGUAGCUGUGGGGUGAGAGCUUGGCACUUAUCUGCAGGCUGAUUCAGGCACUGAUUAAAGGACCACUCACAUCUGGAGUAUUAAGUGGCUGCUGCACAGAAUCAUGACUGAAAAAAGGGAUUGAGGAUGUGGGUUAUAGAAGAAGAGCUUCUGCUCAAACAGUUUGGAUUUAAGUACAAGCAGCAGGGCUUUUCCCCAGUCCCAGUUUCAGUCUCAAGUGGCAUUUUUUCCCAGCUUUAGAUGGUUCACAGUUACUCCCCGUGCCACCCCCCUUCUGUCAGGAGCCAGGGUCCCUUUGUGCCACCAGCAGCUGACAGGACAGGCUUUCUGGUUUGGCUCAGUGAUUCAGCUCCUCUCAUACCUCAGUCCUGAAUCCCCAAGGGGCUCUCCCUGCCUGCUGAGUGAAGCUGUGUUGCAGCUGUACCUUGGCAUCCCCUCUCAGGAAGUGAUCCCUUGAGGCCAGUCCCCUUCGUGCCAGUUCAGGAAUGUGUCCUUAGUGGGGGACAUCCACACUGGAGGCUGCCAGCCAUCCUUCAGAGCUCCUGUGUCUCGCUGUACAGCCCAGCCUUGUCCUCUUUACUGGGGAAGGUGGCAAAGGGGACUCCAGAGCUGCAGCGUCCAGUCCCACCUUGUCACUUCACACCCACCGCAGGUCAACACUGGGAAGCAAGAUCCCACCACACACAGAGGUGUUGGCCCAUUGUAAGUGGAGCCUUUUUGUAACUCCACUGGAAUAAGGUGGGACUGAUCAUCACAGUGCAUAGAUCAGAAUGACUGCAUGCUCAAAAUAUACAUUAUGUAUUACCAACGCCAUUAAAGUUUCACUGUAAA